GCAUUCACCCUCGGAGUAAAUACAAAGCUGUGACGUGAAGAAAGGGUGUCGUAUGGAAUCUACUACAAUAACGCUAUCUUUAAAAUAUGUAUUUCUAUCAUUGAAUUACAUUGAUCCCGCGGUAAUCUAUUAAAACUACUAUAAACAUUGACAACCUUGACAGUUAUCUGUACAAUAAAUAAAUAAAAUGUGUAUGUAGCGAUUAAGAUUUCGCUAGUACGAAGUAGUACAAUAAUAUUAUUAUUAAUUAAUUAUAAUGAAUGUCGUGCUCGCCCCGCAUUUUAUUACGAACGGCAUUUAGUCACGAAAGCCGCGAGUCGGCGUGCCCACUCCCGAACGCAGCGCAGUCUGUUCGGUGUCAUUGCCCGCGCUGUCAAAUUUGGAAAAAAAAUGUUUGACGACGAAGAAAACCGGAAGAAAACUUUUUUGGGAUUUGACUUUAGUACACAAAGGUUGAAGGCAUUAGUAAUCGGUGAAGACUAUAAAGUACUCCAUGAGGCUGAAGUAGAAUAUGAUGUGGACCUUCCAGAAUUCAGAACCCAUGGUGGUGUACUACGCGGGGAAUGUGGAGAGGUGACAGCCCCACCCUUGCUAUGGGUGAAAGCCCUGGACAUGGUGAUGGAUCGGCUGAUUGUGGCAGGAGUAGACUUUUCAACUGUGGAGGCCCUAUCAGGUGCUGCGCAGCAACACGGGUCCGUAUGGUGGGCCCGCGACGCGGAAUCGCGACUAGGCAAGUUGGCCAGCGAUCAGUUCCUUCACACCCAGCUGGCGACAGCUUUUGUAGCCAACUCACCAGUGUGGUUGGACUCCAGCACUACUGAGGAUUGUAAGGCUUUGGAGGAAGCUGUCGGAGGUCCGGAGGAGCUGGCGAAAAUCACAGGGUCCAGAGCGUACGAACGAUUCACAGGCAGCCAGAUAAGGAAAUUGUUCCGUACUCGCGAACGGGUAUACCAGGCUACUGCGAGGAUAUCGCUGGUAUCUUCCUUUGCCUGCUCGUUGUUCUUGGGACGUAUAGCGCCCAUAGACUUGGCUGAUGCAUCAGGGAUGAACUUGUUGGAUAUCCGGUCCAAGAAAUGGGACGAGCAAGCAUUGAAGGCAUGCGGUGACGAUAGUCUAGAAGGCAAACUAGGCGAGCCAGUGCCUUCCGCGACGGAUCUAGGCGCCGUGUCGCCAUACUUCGUCGAUCGCUACGGGUUCCACAGCAAGUGUCGGGUCGUCACCUUCACUGGCGACAACUGUUCCGCACUGGCAGGUUUGCGUCUUCGCUCUGGCUGGGUGGGCCUCAGUUUAGGCACCAGUGACACUCUGCUAGUGGGGCUGCCGGAGCCUGCCGCCCCCACCGCGGGGCACGUGCUAGUGGGCCCCACUGCCCACGCCCCGUACAUGGCCUUACUGUGCUUCUCCAAUGGGUCUCUGACUAGACAGAACCAUAGGGAUAGACUGGCUGGCCACAGUUGGGACGCUUUCAAUGAGCUGCUGAGAGCCACUGUCAGAGGAAACAUGGGGUAUAUGGGUAUAUACUACGAUACCCCGGAGAUACUGCCUCGCGCUCCGGCCGGGCGUUGGUUGCGCGACGCCCAUAACCGAUCCAUAGACAAAAUGGCUCCACAGUUCGAGGCUCGUGCCUUGCUCGAGACACAGGCACUCGCUAGAAGAGCACAUGCUGCGGAUAUUGGACUCACAAUAGAUGCGUCGUCCCGCGUGGUGGCAACUGGCGGAGCUUCCGUUAACAAGGAACUGCUGCAAAUAUUCGCGGAUGUGUUCAACGCACCGGUCUACGUGCAAGAGGAUCACGCGAACGCGGCGCUAUUGGGAGCAGCCAUUCGCGCCGCAGACGUAUGGAGUGAAGAAGCUGACGUACAAUUAUCUGGAUCAGAGCCAAAGAUGAGUCCAGUGGCGACCCCUUACCCCGACCACGAGAAGAUCUACGGCCCGAUGCUGGAACGGUACUGGACCAUCGUACAGGAUAUCCCCAAACUCGAUUCCGAAACCAAACUAUAAAUAUUACACCCCGGCAAACUCCUUGAGCAACGACCAUAGACAAGGAAGACUGCGAAUAGCAAUAGGGUAUCACAAAUAUUUUUGAAAAGUGUCUCAAUUAAAUUCUAAAGAGCUUAAUAUGCUACUAAAAAAAUAUUUUACUCAAUUAUUGUCAAAUAACUUCGAAUUGAAUAAUUAUUUUUAACAGAUUUCGAUUCUGACAUGAUUCUCUAAACUUAAAAGUAAAUUUAACAUCAGUCUCUCCUUUUCAUUCUGUAUAUAAAAUGGCAAGGAUACACUGUUGUCAAAUUUAAGUUUAGGUUUAGAUAAUCAUACCAGAUUAGACACCAUUAAAUGCAUUUAAAUUUACUAUUUUCAAAUCGCUGCGCUGUUUAACAACAAACGCUCGACGUGGUGGCCGCCAUAUUGUUCUGCGAUCUUGACGUCAUUACUACUGUAAAUACAUGCGUUACCUAGGUUACAAAAAUAUAAAAGUACUGAGUUGACAGCUGACACUUCGUAAUAAUGUGGUGGCUACUACGUCUACUAUUUCAUCGUGUUUUAAAACAGAUAAAAAAUGUAUUUUAAAAUGCAUUUUGUUAUUUUGUGAACUGAAACUAACAUUUACCGACUCCUUUUUGCCUUAGCUACCUCAAUAAUAUAUUUGAAUCAAUACCUACAGGGUACUUCCCGUGAACUUAGAAUCUUGAAAUUUGGCACGAAGUAACGUCUUGUUGUACAGAUAAAGGAAAAAUGCGAAAACCGUAAAUUUUUAGUUACAUCAUAUAAUAAUAAAUAUUUUUGCAAAUUUUAAAGUUACUACCUCUUUUCUCAUGAACGCGUAGAGCCAUUAAAUUGAGUUUGUACGGAACCCUCGGUGCGCAAGUCCGACUCGCACUUGGCCGGUUUUUUUUCUUAACUAGAGUGUAAACCUAUUUUACAUACAAAAAAUUCUACUACGCAAGUUUAUUUGUCUAUGGUUUUACACAAGCAGUUUGCCGCUACCUAUACUUGGUGUUACCAGUUCACACGGGGAUUAAAAGCUGAUUAUAUAGAGAUUAUAUUAUAGGGUUGAAUUUGAUAUUGACAGCGUCUUUAUUGCAUCGAAAUAAGAGCUAAUUCAUGUAUUAUGUAUAUUCCUCUGAAUUGAUAUAUUAUUAUCAAGUAACUUCAAUUUCUUUUCGUGUUGGGAAUUGUGAUUACGAGUGAAUAUUGUAACGAAGCUUUACUACUUAAUUUUCUUGAAAUUGCCAUAAAGCGAGCAAAAUUAUAUUGUUCAAAAAUUGUAGACAUUAAGAUGGUAAUUGCGAUUCGAUAUCAAACGAAAAGUAAGUGUAUUACUAGAUAUGACUAGAAUCAGACACAUGAGUACCCAUAAUAGGAAACGAGACAGAAAUUUUGCUGUCAAUUGACAGGAAUCUGUAUUAUCCCAGUGUGAACGCCAGAUUUAUUCACGCUUGUGCCUUAAAAAUAUUUACACAUAUUUUAUUAGUUAAUUAUUAGAACUAUUGGCGUUUAAAUGACAUUGGAAGCCAGAGGCUUCUUAACCAAUUCAUAGCAGGUAGUAUAGCUGCCCUAGGCAAAUGAUUAGCUUUUAGGCGCUAGAUUUUUUUACACAGGUACUUAUAUAAAUAAAUAUAACAGGCAAUUAUUAUAAACGGCCAAAUAAACUUAAUGUGCUUUGAAAUAAAAGUGAUCAUGCAAAGUGGUUAUUUAUGAUAUUAGUGCG